AUGGCCCUCAACCACGCUUCGCACAACAUCCCGGGAGAGAAGACAGGCCCCGCCACCGGCCCACCACCACCCGUUUCUAGCGAAGCCGCCUCUGCCAUCGUCGACGCAUCCCAGAAAGACGCAAUGGGUCAGCACGCGCCCGGACAGGACGAGGCCAAGCCCGUCGCCGCGGAGGGCGAGAACAAGCCCAAGACAGAGAAAGAGCUCAAGAAGGAGCGCGAGAAGGCCGAAAAGGCCAAGAAGUUCCAAGAGAAGCAGGCUAAGAAGGCUCAGCUCGCUGCCAACACCGUCAAGAAUGCCUCCAAGAAGAAGGUCGUCGGCACCGAGGCUAUGAAGCCCUAUGUCGAGGAGACUCCCAAGGGCCAGAAGAAGAUCCUCAAGUCCCUCGACGACGAGUACCACAAGGCCUACAUUCCCUCCGUUGUCGAGUCCGCAUGGUAUGACUGGUGGGAGAAGGAGGGCUACUUCGAGCCCGAGUUUGGCCCCGACGGCAACGUCAAGCCCGCCGGCUACUUCGUCAUCCCGGAACCCCCGCCGAACGUCACCGGUGCCCUUCACUGUGGUCACGCCCUCGCCAAUGCUCUCCAGGACACGAUGAUCAGAUGGGAGCGCAUGAGAGGCAAGACUGUCCUCUACCUGCCUGGUUGCGACCACGCUGGUAUUUCCACCCAGUCCGUCGUCGAGAAGAUGCUGUGGAGGAAGGAGCAGAAGACCAGGCACGACCUUGGCCGUCCGGCUAUGGUGCAGAGGAUCUGGGACUGGAAGGGCGAGUACCACCAGAGGAUCAACAACGUCCUGCGUAGGAUGGGUGGCUCCUUUGACUGGUCCAGGGAAGCUUUCACCAUGGAUGACAACCUCUCCAAGGCCGUUACCGAGACUUUCGUCAGGCUGCACGAGGAGGGCCUUAUCUACAGGUCGAACCGUCUCGUCAACUGGUGCACCACCCUGAGGACCGCCCUUUCCAACCUGGAGGUCGACAACAAGGAAAUUGAGGGCCGUACCCUGCUCGACGUCCCUGGCUACGACAGGAAGGUCGAGUUUGGUGUCAUUACUCACUUCAAGUACCCCAUUGAAGGCACCGAGGAGACUAUCGAGGUCGCUACCACCCGUCCCGAGACCAUGCUCGGUGACAGUGGUAUCGCCGUCCACCCCAACGACGAGCGCUACAAGCACCUUGUCGGCAAGAAGGCCAAGCACCCCUUCGUCGACCGCCUGCUCCCCAUCGUUGCCGAUACCUACGUCGACCCCGAGUUCGGUACUGGUGCCGUCAAGAUCACCCCCGCUCACGACCCUAACGAUUUCUCGCUCGGCCAGCGCCACAACCUCGAGUUCAUCAACGUCUUCACUGACGACGGUCUGCUGAACCAGAACUCUGGCCAGUUCCAGGGCCAGAAGCGUUUCGAUGUCCGUUACUCCGUUGUUGAGGAGCUGACGAAGCUCAAUCUCUACGUCAAGAAGGAGAACAACCCGAUGAAGAUUCCUCUGUGCCAGCGCACCAAGGACGUCAUUGAGCCCAUUGUCAAGCCCCAGUGGUGGAUGCGCAUGAAGAGCCUGGCCGAGCCCGCCAUUGCGGCCGCUCGCAAUGGCGACAUCAAGAUCCGCCCCGCCACCGCCGAGGCCGACUACUUCAGGUGGCUCGAGAACAUCCAGGACUGGUGCUUGUCCCGUCAGCUCUGGUGGGGCCACCAGGCUCCCGCCUACUUCGUUGAGGUCGAGGGUGAGACCAACAGCGACUCGGAUGACCAGUACUGGAUUGUCGGCCGUACCGAGGAGGAGGCCAAGGAGAAGGCGGCGAAGAAGUUUGCUGGCAAGAAGUUCACUCUGCGCCGUGACGAGGAUGUCCUUGACACCUGGUUCUCUUCUGGCCUAUGGCCGUUCUCUACCCUUGGCUGGCCCAACGAGACUCCGGACAUGGCCAAGCUGUACCCGACUAGCGUUCUCGAGACUGGUUGGGAUAUCCUCUUCUUCUGGGUUGCCCGCAUGAUCAUGCUCGGUAUAAAGCUUACCGGCCAGAUCCCCUUCAAGGAGGUCUACUGCCACUCGCUCAUUCGUGACUCCGAGGGCCGUAAGAUGUCCAAGUCCCUGGGCAACGUCAUCGACCCCGUCGACAUCAUGGAGGGUAUCCAGCUUGAGCAGCUCCACCAGAAGCUUCUCGAGGGUAACCUCGACCCCAAGGAGCUCAAGACGGCCUCCAAGUACCAGCAGACGGCCUUCCCGCAGGGUAUCCCCGAGUGCGGUGCCGAUGCGCUCCGUUUCUCGCUCGUCCAGUACACGACUGGCGGUGGUGACAUUGCCUUUGAUGUCAAGGUCAUGCACGCCUACCGCCGUUUCUGUAACAAGAUCUACCAGGCGACCAAGUACGUCCUUGGCAAGAUCGAUGCCGACUACGUGCCGCAGAAGACGGCCGACAAGACGGGCAAGGAGUCUCUGGCUGAGCGCUGGAUCCUGCACAAGCUCAGCAUCGCGUCCAAGGAGAUCAACCAGGCGCUCACGGACCGCGAGUUUGCUAAGUCGACGCAGAUUGCGUGGCACUACUUCCACGACGACCUGUGCGACGUGUUCAUUGAGUACACCAAGCCCAUCAUCCAGGACGGCACACCCGAGGCCAAGCGCUCGGCCAUCGACACGCUGUACACGGCGCUGGAGGGCGGCCUGACGAUGCUGCACCCGUACAUGCCGUUCCUGACGGAGGAGCUGUGGCAGCGGCUGGCGAGGCGGCCGGGCGACAGCACGCCGACGAUCAUGCGCGCGGCGUACCCGCAGCACCGGCCUGACUUUGACGACGCGGCGGCCGAGGCCAGCUACGAGCUCAUUCUCGAGGCGGCGGCGUCGGCGCGCUCCAUCAUUGCGCAGCACAAGCUUGUGGGCGCGAAGGCGGCGGUGCGGCUGGGCAAGGCGGACGAGGUGGCGGCUAAGGCCGUCGACGACGUCAAGACGCUUGCGGGCAAGGGCUUGGGCGACGUGAUGCUCGUGAAGGAGGGCGAGGAGGGCCCGCAGGGCUGGCAGCGCGGCGAGUCGGAGAAGACGGGCGGCGUCGUGUGGAUUGAGGUGCCGAGCCGGCCGCUGUCGAAGGAGGGCGAGGUUAAGGAGUUGGAGAAGAAGACGGGUGAGCUGAAGGUUUAG